AUAGUAAUUGGUAGAGAUCAUCAAAGAGAGAAAAUGGCAUUCGCUUCGCCAAAGUUCAUCGUGCUCAAAUCCGAGAAGAAUAACCAAUAUUUGAGCUACGACCGAGACGAUUCAAAGGUACAACUCCGGUGCUUGGAAGCUCUGGCUUUGAGCACUCCAUUUACAAAAUUUGAGGUGGUGUCUAGCGCCCAAGAUGGCCUGGUGCACAUAAAAAACUGCCGCCUCAACAAAUACUGCGAACGAGUCAAGGAGCCUCCCGUGCCGCAUGACCCCGACAACUUUUAUUACGCCGCAACCGCCGACAAGCCGGAGGAGGACCAAUCCAAGGAGUCAUGCACGUUGUUCAAGCUUGUCUCGGUUGACAUUGCAACAAAUGAGAUACGUAUCCAGCACGUGCAAUCAGGGAGAUAUUUAGGCUAUUGCGGAACAGAUGGGUAUCCAGACUACUACCCUUCCGAUUGUCUUUUCACCGUCUCCGACUGGGAGUUGCUUGCAGACUGGGCGUUUACGUCGACGAGGUUUAUCGUGCUCAAAUACGAUGCGAACAACGAGUAUUUGGGCUUUAUCCGUGAGAAGGGAGAGUCUUACGGAUAUCUCAAAUGUUCGGAAACUCGGAUUCUGAGUCCAUAUGCCAAAUUCGAGGUGGAGAUCGCUAAAAGUCCUGGCAUGGAUGGCUUGGUGCACAUAAGGAGCUGUCAAAAUAACAAAUAUUGGAUUGCCGGCGGCAACAGCGGGAUUACCGCAAGAGCCAAGGAGAAGGAGGAAGACCAAUCCAAGGAGUCGUGCACAUUGUUCAAGCUUAUCUCUGUCGACGACGCGGCGUCUAAAGUCCGAAUCAGGCAUGUGCAAUCGAAAAGAUAUUUAAGGAUAUUAGAUGAAACUUGGCGCGUGUUGGCAGAGUCCGAAGAUUUCGAUGAUUCUUCCCGUGAUUUGUUCAUGAUCAUUGACUGGGAUACUCCGGUGGUUCUGCCGAAGUUUGUGGCGUUCAAAAGAACUGAUGAUCAGUACCUGUGUCUUCGUGACAUCGAUGGCAAACCGAGUUUGCAGUUUACAUCUGAUGAUAUUGGUGAUUCGGGUGUGGCAAUGGAGAUUUUCAUGACUAACAAUGGGGACAUUCGCAUCAAGCCCGUUUCUUCCAGUAAAUUCUGGAGGCGUGGAUCGGAUUUGGUUCUGGUGGAUUCCGAUUACACUAGCAGCAUCAACAACACGGACACCGUGUUCCGCCCCGUCAAAGUUAAUGACAACACAAUAGCUCUUCUCAACUUAGGCAACAACAAGUUCUGCAUUCGCAACGCAAAGACGAGUUGCCUUAGUGCUGAAGCCUCCUCCAUUACCAAGGAUGCUCAGCUGCAGGUGGAAGAGCCUGUCUUGGGAAGGAAAAUUUACGGUAUCAAGUACGAUCUUGAUAACGCCAGGAUCUACGACGAAACCGUCCUUUACGUGGCCAGGAAUUCGGCUAGUAACUAUACCAAUCAAGCCGAAACAUUAGACGUAAGGCUUUCUUAUACAGACAUCAAGACCAGCACUUGGAUGUGGCAAGCAUCACUGAAGUUAGGAGCCAAAGCCACCAUGGGAUUUGACUUACCACUCAUUUUCGAAGGGUCGAUCGAGUUGUCCGGUGAAAUCCAGGGUGGAAAAGAGUGGGGAGAGACCACGACAACAAGCACCGUAGUGGAACUAGUUCACCAAGUUAAAGUGCCUCCCAUGACAAAGGUGACGGUGGAUUUGGUUGCGAAAAGAGGCAAGUGCGAUGUUCCUUUCACGUUCUUGCAAAAGGACAGUCUUUAUAAUGGGAGUGGUAUUGUAUAUGAAGUGCAAGGUAACACUUACACAGGUUCUAAUUACUACAGCACCGACUUCCAAACCAAACAAGAGUCACUCAGCUCUUCGAUCUGA